UAAAAAUAAAAAUUAAAAAAAUAUUUUAAUGCUUCAUCUUCGUUGUGUACUAGUUGGGGAUCCCUGCGUAGGAAAAACUUCCUUGGUUGUGUCAUACACAAGAAAUGGAUUUUGUGAGCGUUAUUGUCCAACAGCAUUUGACAAUUAUUCUGUAACAGUCUGUGUAGAUGGAAAACCUUUGCGGUUAGAAUUGUGUGACACUGCAGGAAGGUCAGAAUUUGAUACAAUUCGUCCUUUGGGUUAUGCUGAUGCUUCUGUUUUUUUGUUGUGUUUUAAUGUUGCAAAAAUAUCCACAUUACGUUCAGCUACGCAACGUUGGCUGCCAGAGAUACGUGCAUUAGCUCCUUCUGCACCUAUUAUAUUGGUGGGAACUCAAUCCGAUCAGAGAAUGAACACUCGCCGAGGAGAAGCUAUAGAACCUAGCGUUAUGGGACAGUUAGCUUCUAGACUACAGUUACAUUGGCUGGAAUGUUCUGCUGUUACACAACAGAAUUUAAAGGAAGUAUUUGAUCUGGCUAUUUUACAUGCUUUAUGUCACCACCGAAGGGUAAUAACAACAAAUAUUGCACAACAACAACAAAAUCAAAAUAUUAAUCCAAAUUUUAAUAAUACAAUUUUUGUUGAAAAAGAAGAACAACAAAGACAACAACGUCCAACAAAUACACCAAAAAAUAGUGGAGGGGGACUUAAACAGAAUUUAAGACGAUUGGUAGCAAUUACAAAAAGAAAGUUCAUGUAA